AGCGGUCCGCUGGGGUAUAAAUGAGGACCGGAGCGGCCCGCCCUCGGCUCUCGGUAACAGGUGGGGGAGGGGCUGAGGCGGAACACACCGGAACCAUCAGCUGCAGCCCGAACGGGAGGAGUAUGAGCGAGGUGGAGCCCCGGGUCCCCGACCCGGUCAUCCUACCGGAGGUGGCGGAGAAGCCGAUACCGGCGGGAGCGAGGAGCCAGGCGGGGAAAGCCGUGCUGGCCACCCAGGUACAUGGAACAGUCAAGUGGUUUAAUGUCCGGAACGGAUAUGGCUUCAUCAACAGGAAUGACACAAAAGAUGAUGUCUUUGUCCAUCAGACGGCCAUAAAGAGGAACAAUCCCCGGAAGUUUCUGCGCAGUGUUGGAGAUGGUGAGACGGUGGAAUUUGAUGUGGUGGAAGGCGAGAAGGGUGCUGAGGCAGCAAAUGUGACUGGCCCCGGCGGUGUGCCUGUUAAAGGAAGCCGGUUUGCUCCCAACAGACGUCGGUUCCGCAGACGUUUUUACCGGCCAAGGGGAGAGAAUGCUGCAGAAUCGGGUGGAGAAGGUGUAAGUACAGAUCAAGUGAGCGAAGGGGAGAGAGUGGAGGAAGCUUCCCCUCAGCAGAGACCCGUACAGCGCAGGCGUCCACCUCCUUUCUUCUACAGACGCCGUUUUGGAAGGGGAGGCAGAACAGCCAAUCAGCAGGACCAAACUGCAGAGGAUGCAGAGACUAAAGACCCUGCCCUUCCUGACGCUCAGCCAGGUGGAGAUGAUCAGAGACUUCCGCCACGAAGGUUCCGUCCCAGAAUCCGUAGACCCUUCCGCCCUCGACCCGCACCUCAACAGACCGCGGAAGGAGGAGAUGGGGAAGCCAAAGCUACACCUGAUACAGGACCUCGUCCAGAACCUCAGCGGCAGCGCAAUCGCCCUUAUUUCCAGCGUCGUAGGCGUCAAGGAGUAGCGCCGGGGCAAGCUGCAGCACAGGGUGAUGGGAAAAGCCCAGCAGAGGCCACUCAGAACUCCCCCACAGAGGAGCCUCCUAAAACAUCUGAUCCGCCUGCUCAGGCUGUUUUGGCCUCUCCUCCAAAUGCCCCUGUGACUGAUGCCCCCGCUGAAUGAUCUCAUCAGAGACUGCAUCUGUCAUCAGGUGCUGUGGAUUUCUUCCAUCUUACAGCUGCACAGAUAUUUGGGAAUAACAUAGAUUGAUGAGGGGAGAGUGCUCGCCUCCUCUGGCACAGUGUGGGGGAAUUGUUUGCAUUUUGGGACACAUGGGAUUUAUUGCACUUAUGUGUAGUAGUAAAGAUGGAACAGAAGAA